CAGAAAAAGGGAAAGUAAUCGGUGACACUAUUUUUGACAUUAUUUUCUUUGCAAAUUUCAUGCAGAUUUGAAUUUGUUGCUUUUAAUCGAUUUGAUAAAGGCUUUUUGUUUUCGGAUGUGGUGUUUCGUGGUCAUGGUUGCUGUUAGACCAAAAUGGUGGUCUAUAAAAAGUUUCCUCAAAAUAGUUUUAUUUUCCCGCGCGAUCACAAUUUCGUAAGACGCUUGAGGACGUAUGUAAGCUUCUAAACGAUGGCUAUUAAAAAGCGAGACUUUCAGAAAACAGCGGGGCUUAUUCAGGAGUUUCUUUCGAAACUUUCAUGCGAGGAGUCAACAGCUGAACUUAGGGAUUCUAUGCAUCUUGUCCUAUUCUACUUGCAAAAAUACUACAAAAAACUUCGUAGCAGAAGUCUUUCAAAUGGUACUUCACCAAGAUUUAAUGGAAAAUCACUAAGUGGAAGCUUGGUUUUGAAUGGGGGAGUGAGCCCAGUGAGUCCAGCUUGUGGAAUACCUGAUCAAUUCGAGUGGAAGUGGUACAAUUUAGAAUCACCCAGGCUAUGUGCCAGCCUAGGUACAAAUGAAUUUUCCUCCUUGCCUCUCGUGCUGCAAGCUGCAAAAUCCGCAGAUUCAGAGCUUUUAAAGGAACUCAUAGCGAAAGAUUCCGAAGUCGUCAACCAAGUGGAUGGCUUAGGACGUAAUGCUGCUAUGUACUGUGUCCAUGGCAACACACCUGCCCAUACAGAGUGCCUGGAAAUACUGAUAAGUGCUGAAUGUGAUCUGGAUCUCAAGGCAAAUGAUAACACAACAGCACUUCAUGUGGCUGCGUACAUUAAUAACACUGCUGCCUUGCCUCUCUUGCUUCGUAAUAAGGCUCCUCAUAAUGUUGAAGACAAUCAAGGAAGGACACCACUUCACUGGGCAGCAGCAAAUCCAUCAGAGGAUAACUUAAAGUUAUUGCUUCAGGUUGGAGGGAAGUUAGAUGCUACAGACAGCGAGGGUUUAACUCCAGCUAUGUGGGCUUGUUAUUUUGACCAGCUUCACAAUCUCCAGAUGUUACAGAAUGCACUGGCAAGAAUUGAUCCUGAAGAAGAUGCAAUCCUUAGAGAUAGUGACUGUUGUGGUCAGUCUGUGAUACACUGGGCCGUCAAAGGGGUGGGAUCUUUGGAGUGUCUUGAGGCUUUAUUAACUCCUCAGUCUGCAGUUCUGAGGGACAAUGAAGGCAAAACAGUGCUACACACAGCAGCUGAAAAAGGGAUUGCAGCUGCUUGUGAGAUGAUUCUAGAGGUGAGAGGAAACUUGGAAGGACUUAAGGAUACUGAUGACUCAAAAAGAACUGCAGCUCACCUUGCUGCCAUCUGUGGACAAGCAGAAGUUGUGAACUUUCUUCUUGAAAGAGGAGGAGACCUUCUUGUAAAAGACUGUUUUGGUGCAACUGCAGUUGAUUACAUCCACAACAAAAAACUAAAUUAUUGUGAAAUGGUGAUCAGAGCUCAUUCACAAAACAUUGACAAGAUAACAGGAAAGAAUGCCUCUGUGUCAACACCAUCCAGUCCUGAAAGUCCAAAUGUGGAUCCUGGUAAGUCAAGGCUAUCACCAUCUAAAGAUGAAGCAGCUGUGACACCAGUAGAACUUCACAAGGAAUCUGUAGGUGAGGAGAACUGUGAUGUGUCCGACCUUCAUGGCUUUGAUGUACAGGGGGGGUCAGGGCACCUGGAGGAUUCAGCAAUGAAUAAAGUGAGUCAUGAAGGAAAGGAAAAAUUACCAGAUCUUGAUGCCAAGGCCUUGGACAAAGCAGACUGUAGGGUAGAGCAGAAAAGGCCCUCAAACCCAAAACGGCGUCAGAGUACACUGACAAGGCAAAGUAAAUUCCAUCAUGAUGGUGAUUCAAGACGCUUGAUGGAUGAAGCGGCAAGUUUUGAUCUGAGGACUGAGGAUGGAGAUAUAUUAGUUGUAGUCAGUAACCUUGACACUGAAGAUCAGCAAGAGGAAAUUAUUGACAUGGAAAAUGGAGAUAUAGAGAUUGACUAUGAGGAAAAGCUGGAAUAUUCCAGUGCACGCAUGCAGCAAGGACAUGGCAGUGCAUCAAGUGUAUACAGUGAGCCUGAUAAUGCUGAUAAUUGCAGUGUCAGUGUCGGACUUAGUGUGUCAAGUCUUGGCAGUGAUAACGAGGACAUAGUUCAUGAUAAUGACUUAACAGAUUACCAAGUAGACAAGGAGGAAAAACAGCAGCUGAAAGAGGCUAAUGAUUCUCAACCUCAGUUCAUUCCAGAAUCUCACAAGAAUACUAAAAAAACAGUUACGCCUCCAAAGUAUCCAUCAAAACUGGCACAGCUAAGUUAUGUUCAAGCAGAAAACACUCGUAUCAAUUCCACUCAUGACGAUGCAGAAGGUAAUCAAGAAAACCUUGCAGUACCUUCCAAGAAAAAGAAGGACAAAGCUAAAAAGAAGAAACAGAAAGGACAGUCAGAGCUGACAUCACCCCUCCCUCCUCCAAGAGGAAGUAUCCCUCCCCUCAAUGCUGCUAGUUUGGGACCUCCUGGUAUCACCAAAUUUAGUGCUUUAGAUCCUCUUGGGAAAAAGCCAGCUCCUUGGGAGCAUGGAAGCUUAGGGCCGUUAAGGCAAGCUCCUCCCGAGUUAUUACCAACCAGCCCCCGGAUGGGAAGACAUCCAGAGGGCCAAGCUCUUGAAAGUGCUUUUGAAAGACCAAGAACGCCUGAGCCACCUCGAAGUCCACGUGACAUGACACCACAUCAUGCACCUCAACCAUAUCCUCCUGCGUCUAUGCAAGGGAAUCUUGAUGUUCCCUUGAGAGGUUCCUUGGAGGGUGUGGUACAUGACAGGGAUAUGAACUAUGGCCCUACUGGUCCAUUGCAUGGGCCCCUGGCACAUGCCAAUGGUCAAGCACUUCUCAGAAACAUGGACAUAAUUGGCAGAGGUCCAAAAAUGGAAUCUCAUGCAGACUUGAACAUGGGUGGAGUCAUGCCCCAUGGACCCACUGGGCAACAGACUUACUCUCUACGUGGUCCCAUUCCACAACCUCCACAGCAUUAAUUUCUUCACCCUAGCAUAAUAUAACUUUCUCCAUGAUAUUCAAUAAGCACUUCUUAUGUGGUAGUGACAAGGAGCGUCUGUUGGACUUGUUUAGUCUUCUAUCUUUUCUUUUAUUCUGGUAACCAUGAUAUAUGAUUCAGUGGUAGAUCUGUAAACAGAAAUUAGCUGUUUGUUAUUCUAAUGUAUGAGAGGGUUAAAGAAAAGAACUAUAGUGUAGAAACUACCGUUUGUAAAGUAUGGUGCAGUGUAAGGUAAUUCUCUGAAGAUUUGGCUUCAAUAUGGUUUCUUGUUUUAGCAAGAAUGAGACAUCCUAAAUGAUCACUGUGGCAUUACCUUCCCCAUAGGAAUGAAUGCCGACAGGUAGAAAAUCAAGCUUGAGGACCAGUUUUCAAUGAAUGUGUUAUCUCUGAUUGUUCAGUUUUCUCUAAUCAAAUUCCAAAUUCAAGUAAUACUAUUUAUUUCCAUCUCAACAGUAUUUUGGUUUUCUUGAAGUUACCAACAGUUUUGGAAUAUCAGUAGUUAUUAAUUUAUGCAAGGACUGUUCAGUUCUAAUCGACAUCAACUUGUAAUUGUUCUAAGUUAUUAAUUAUUUAUAAUAUACCAGUAGGUGAAACUUAAUUUAUCAUGUUAGCAUUGCCAAAGAUAUAUAAAAGCUUACAGCCCUCUCCAGGGGAUAAUGUUAACUUGCAUCUGUACAAAGUCUUCUAUUUAUUUGCUAAGGUAGGAGGAAUAAUAAUACACAUUCAAACAUUUUUCAACAAACUUUAACUCUUUUCUUACUCAAAGGAAAGUAUUAGCAACAUUUUGAGCUAUUCUUUUGUAAGAAUACAUUUCUUCAACUUAAAGUGAAACCUUUGGUAAGGUCAAGGAUCAACGUGUCAAGUUACAAGGCUCAAUAAUGGUUCAAGAUGGGUAAGAUUUGAGGGAAGAAUGAACUCUUUAACUCCCAAAAGUGAUUAGCAUGUAACUUCUCCCUACAAUACCCAUACAAUAUCCAACAAACAGGUA